GCAGAAAAAAUCAGAGUCCUGCAAAUAUUCUCUACACUUGGAGAAAAAAAUAAGCAAGACCCCACACCAGUCUGCUGGAAUGGCUGCCCUCACACAGACCAUCUCGUUAGUCCCAGGAAUUGAACUUUCACCUCAGGAAGCCAACAGAUACAAGAACAUUUUUGCCGUCCAAGUUCCCAUGUGUGAAGUUUUUCGUGCCGUUCUAAAGUGGGAAUGCAGCGACAAGCAGCAAGGGCAGACAUAUGUAGAUUAUUUUGGAGAAAAGAAGCAGCAAUAUGAAGACCACCAUGCUGCUCUGGCGGCAGAUGCAUGCAAUAAAUUUAAAUUACCAAAAAUUGUACUACCCAAAAGUACAAUUGAAAUGCUACAGGAAGAACCAUCAAAGUAUGACGUAACUCUAAUGUUUUCUUUUUUGUUUGAAAUAUUCAAAUUAAAAGUAUCAUACACACACAUUGGCCAUGUGAGAAGUCUCAGUAAACUAGAGUGCCUCCUGAAGGAGGCCAAAGACAUAAGAAAUGUUGUUAUACAUAAAGUUGCUGACGAUGCUGUCGACCCUCUGAAGUUUGAUGAAAUCAUCAAAGCCAUGCAUGAUGUGAUAGAUGAAGCUAGCAACGUGUACAGCAUUCCUGAUGAUCAAGUAACGAGUGUCAAAGCCCUGGUAGAUGGGAUGUGGGAUGAAGUGCGCACAGAUAAUGAAAAAGCUAAGGCUUAUUGUUGCUUCUUCCUUCAAACUUAUGGAAACAAAGAGGCCAAAGUCAUGUGGGAAGCGAUGUUGUCUGAAGAAACUCUUCUCUUCGGCGAGGACAAAGUUGAACGCUCUAAAGUUUUCCAUUCCCUGGAACUGACGAUACAGAAACCUGGUCUACAAGCAGGCAGGAUCUCCUAUAAAGAACUACUCUCUGACACUGACAAAAAGUUCAUUUUAGUCAAUGGUGUGUCUGGAUCUGGAAAAUCUACUCUGCUGAAAAACUUGGUGAUACAGUUCCAUGGCAUAUCGGAUGCAGGUGUAGAGAUGAUAAAUUUGAAGAAUUUCAAUUUAAUACUCAUAUACGAGUGUAGAAACAGGUCCAUUGAACAAUUCAGCGAAGUAGUACAACAGAAUUUUGAGAAUGUUUGUCUGAAACUCGGCCCAGAAACUGUUGCACAGACAAUAAUUCAUUCAAACCCUAUAAUUCUUGUUGAUGGCUACGAUGAAUGCCAUAAAGAUGCGUUUAAAGUUGUGGAUCAGUUGGUGGAUAAAAUGAAAAACCAUGAAUGCCGGGUGAUCAUAACUACCAGGCCAAGCCAUUUUGAAGAGCUAAAGAACCAUUUGAAACAAAAACUCUUGGUGUUUCAGGACUAUGAGAUUUCUGAAAUUUCUGACAUAGAAGAUCAAAAGACAUUUCUGGAAAAGUAUGAAAAGCAUGCCAAUCGGCAUGCUCAUGAAGUUGUGAAGACCUUCAGCUCCCUUGAACGGAAUAUCCAAGAACUUUUUGUCCAUCCCAUUUAUCUGGUACUCUUCUGCCAAUUGGUCUGGAAUUUUCCUGAAAGAAUUUAUAAUUGGACAUCCCAUGCUGAGGUAGCUCAUGACAUUUAUCGUCUGUACAAGAAAAUGGUCGAUUCGAAACUGGCUUCCUACUCCAUUGUCGACAAAGACGGUCUGGUCAACGACUUAUUCCGGGAUGUUGCCAAGUUCUCCUUUCAGACCAUUGCUGAAAACCAAUUGGUUUUCUCAGAAGACCAAGUUGGUGAGUUGAAGAGUAGUUUUAGGAAAACACUCGGGGAGUAUGGAGCCCGCGGCGAACUUGAUCCCAAAGCUCUUGUGGGGGUCGUCCUGAAAAUGAAGAGGCAUCUGAAUGAUUUUGAUUCCUGUACGUACUUCUUUCAUCACAAAAGCAUUCAAGAACUGUUUGCCUCUAAGACUGUCAUUAAGGAACUCCGUAAGAAUAACUGCUUGUCAUCUGACUUGCAUGGCGUAUCGCGUGUGAGUCAAAAUUUGCAGGGUGUGCUGGCAUACGUUCUAAUUGAGCUGAGUGCUGUUGAGAACUCAAAUGUCUUCAAACGUCACUGGCGUCGCCUGAAGGACGCUGCAAAAGCGGUAGGAGCUGACAAGAAGUUCUGGCAGCAAGUCCUGCUCAGCAGCCCCCACUCCCAGCCAGUGGCCAAAGAGACUGCCAGAGCCUACAUGGCCCACAACAAGGACUGGAACAUUGGUUCAGGUCGCGAUGCUGACACCGUUGCGCUGCUGCUGCUCUACCAGCAGCCAGCGAGGCUCUGCGUCAGCCUCCUAGACACCCCAGCGCCCGAGUCUUGGCGCACGGUUGCUCAAACAUUCAAAAGGGUUUUGGAGCUGCGACUUCUGAGUGAAGGCGACGACUCACGACCAUGUGACCACAUGCUGGAAGCCUUGAGCUCUUCAAGCUGCUCGUUGUCAACAUUUAUUGGCCGCGUCAAGAACGCAAACAGUAUCCGAUCUCUGGCCAGAAUUGCAUCAUCUGAAACUGAGCUCACCAUUUACACGGAGCCACACAUGGACUUGAAGCCGUUGCAAGACAAACACCUAGAGCUCUGGGUGAUUGUUGAACCCACAUCUCAGGGAGGCUUCGUUGCUCUGCCAUCGUCUGUCCACUUAUGUCUUCGCCUGAAGCCUGUCGCUCGGAAUCAGCAAGAGAGUUUGACUCGCACCAUACUUGGCCUGGCUCCUGCGGACAACAGGUUUCAGAGGCUGGAGGUGCGCGACUGUGAGUUGACUGAAGCGCAGCUGCUGAAGACGCUUGAGGAGCUUCAGCGCGUGGGACUAAGGACGCUCUUCCGGGACAGGAAAAUCCAUGCGGGACCCAGCAGAGUGCUGACAAUUCGAGAGAAGAAUUUUGUGCUGAUUCUCACUGAUGAGCCGCCGCUGCCACCUCAGGCAGAACCCUGCAGGCCUGUCGCCGCAACGCGUCUCAAGUCACCCGCCAGUCUCCCCGUUGCCCCCGCCGUCGGUGGAGAGAACCUCUGUCCGCUGGCCUCGUCAUGCGGGGACCUGGACGCCGUGUACAGGAGUCUGUACGCCCUGAACGUUGUGUUGCCGCACGCGCUGCGCUUUGUCUUCGAGAAAGAAUUCGCAGGUAAACGUCCACAAGACACGUACGCGGAGCAUUUGUUAUCAAAUAGCCAGCCUGUCCAUCGCCAAUGGUUGGUUUACAGAAUCAAAAAAUCUCUUGCGAGCGAGGCUUUUGCCAAACGUGAAUUUGAGGAAAUUGAUUUACGUCCAUUUGACUCCUUGCCUCUAAUACAGCUCAUAUCUGAACUUCUGGAUACGAGGUCACAGCGAAUCUUCAAUGAAUUAAAUGGAGAGAGAAAUUAUAGGAACAUGAUCGCCAUUAUGGAGCAAGUUGAGAAAACCAGAGUUGAUGUGUACUCGAACCUGAUUGAUGCAUCUAAACUUGUCAUGUGCUCGACAGACAUCAUUAACUUAGUCUAUGAGUUGAUCAGCGAGGCUGCUAACCUGUACCAAGUGUCAGAAGCUGAAACGGAGCAGGUAAAAGAAGCUUGUCAAUCACACUGUGAUAUGUACGAGUCUGAUGUGCGCAUCGAUGAUGACGCCUUUGCGGCCUUCUGCGUACUGAAUGAGAAUAGAGAGAGAAUGACCGGCCAAGCUUCCAAAAUUAAAUUGGAUGGUCGAGAUUUCUGGUGGCACAUGUCCCCAGGUCAUUGGACCCUACGAUUUCAGUGUUUCAAUCUCAGGCGUUUUUCUUCAGAUCCACAUGAUUUUAAACAAAAUAAAGACUGGGAGAUCGAAAAAGAUGCAAUGAAAAGCGUUUUCAUCUACUUCAAAUGCCGAGAUAGGGAAACUAACAGUUUUCGUUACUAUAUCGAGCUAAACUUCCCUGAGGCUUGCAACCAAAUUGGAGCUGACAACGUUGAAUACGUUUUAACGAAACUACUACCUCUGAUCCUGGUCGAUGGCUAUGACGAAGCCAACGCAAUGUCCUGCGUUGUCGUGGAAGAAAUUAUCAACAAAUUCUACAAAUUUCCAAGCAUGGUUGUCAUAACAACACUGCCGGACGCUGCCUUUUCAAAAAGAAAACUCUUAAGAAAUGCCAGGACUUCAGAAACGCAUAUUCUACCUUUCAGGUUGCAAUAUCUUGAGAAGACGGGACUCUGGGCAAACCCAGAUAAUCGCUAUGUUCUUCGCCCAAAUACCCCUGUAACCGUUCCCUUGCAAUCUGACCCAAUCCAAUUUAGAAUAGAUUAUACGAGUGCUCACUUGCAAUCUGGCCGAAUCAAAUUUACCAUAAAUUUUACGAGGUGAAGUGGCUCGCCUCUCUCACCUGUAAUGUAUGUUCGGCAUACAUCGGCCACCUGCUGAAAUAGGCCGCUAACUAGGAGUUCAUUUUGGAGUCACUUGUGUAAUGGGCGAGGUUUGUACACGAGUACGUUUGCUAUGUUACACCCACAAAAAAUGAUGUGUCAUAUUGUCCAAUAAGUGACGUAGAAUUUCGGCAUGUAACACUGAUACGCCCAUGUGCCAGGCAAAACUAGUUUAGGAUGGUCGCACAAGAGCAAGAAGAGCACCGCAACUUGGUUAAUGUCUCUCAAUUUGUGUGAGUGUAUACGAUUGUGAUUUCAUUUUGAUGAGAUUUGACUUGAUCAAUUGUAUGAAUAAUCUUAAUCUAUCAAUUAAGACGGUCAUUGCGUGUAUGGCAUAGCUGUCAAUAAAAUUAUUUUGGAUAUUAGAAGGCCGUAAUGUUGGUUAGGUGUACCUGGCAAUAGCAUUGAUUAUUUUAAUUAUUUUAGUAAUUACUACCACUAUGAUGUAGUUGAGAAGUGCCUUCACAAUCCAAAAUGCAGACAAAUAACUAUUUCGAUAAACUUGAGUUUAGAUGAUGACGUUUUUACUAACUAUAAUUCGGUUUUACUAUAAUACUAACAACAAUUUAACCGAAUUGUUAAACUCAUUGUAACUAAUAUACGUUAUUUACAGCAAUGUGGUUAGGAACCAUCCUAUUUUCUGGGGUUUCCUUGAAACAGUCUUUAUUUACUGCAGCAGGAAACACGAAAUUAUCUUGCAUAUCCAGAAUGCACUUGAGUCCUGCCAAUAUUUGCAUUUAUGUGGUUAAGAGCUGCCUUAAUUUAGAACUUGUUUCAUUCUUUAUAGGGUAGCAUGGGGCAGCGGGCCCACCCCUUUUUUUAAACUAAUUUUUUAUGAAGU